ACAAUGAUUCCUCCUAGCACUUGCUCUGUCCUUCGCUUGAAAAUUUUUUCAUUCCUUACGCUGAUCGCUGUCCUGUCUCUUUGCUUCUCUGCUCUCUUCAAACCAAAGCAACCGUCUCUGUCUCCCUCUUGCUCCAAAUCUCAGUCGGAUCACAAAAACAGAUGGCAAAGCGGAAACCAACUCCUGCUGCUCCGCCUAGUGCCGAGGUAGUCGGCAAUGCUUUUGUGGAGCAAUAUUAUCAUAUCCUUCACCAGUCCCCAGAAAUGGUGCAUAGAUUUUACCAGGAUUCAAGUUUGCUGAGCCGACCAGAUGUUAAUGGUGUGAUGACUAAAGUCACAACGAUGCAAGCUAUCAAUGAGAAGAUUUUGUCCCUGAAUUACGAAGACCAUACAGUGGAGAUAGAAACUGCUGAUGCACAAGAGUCUCAUGAGAAAGGGGUGAUUGUUCUUGUUACUGGAUGUCUAAAUGGAAAGGAUAAUGCCAGAAGGAAGUUUACUCAGACGUUCUUUCUAGCUCCUCAAUAUAAAGGCUACUUUGUUCUGAAUGAUGCUUUUAGGUAUGUUGGGAAAAGUGAAUCAUUGGUCAAUGGUACAAAUGAAAAUGCUCCAGCAGUUGCUUUGACCCCUGAAGUUGGGGCCAUAAAUGCUCCAGAUCAACUUGCUGCUGAGCCUGCAGUUGCCAUCGACGAGGAAGAUCUUGAUAAUGUUGCUGAAGUCUGUGAUCCCUCAGAUAAUGAAGGCUCUGUGCUUGAAGAAGAGACCGUUGAAUCUCCAGUUCAUAAAGCUGCGGAAUCCACUCCUGCAGCUGAGGAGGAUGCUCCAAAGACAUGUGCCACCAUCGUUAAAGCAAUGCAAGGUAAUGCAGCAUCUCGCUCUGCUCGUGUUCUUUCUCGUAGAGCAGCUGGUGGAGCUGCAAGCAAUGUGCAGCAAUCAACUGUUUCUGUACCUGCAAAACCCAGUGCUCCCGUCACAUCGGCUCCAGUUAGUGAUAAUGAUCCUGAAAGCAGCAACCAUAAUGAAGAAGUUGAAGGACACUCAAUAUAUAUACGGAACUUGCCUUACGAUGCAACAAUUGACCUACUUGAGGAAGAGUUCAGAAAAUUUGUGCCCAUAAAACCUAACGGCAUCCAAGUCCGUAGUGCAAAGCAAGGUUCAUGCUUUGGUUUUGUUGAGUUCGAAGCAUUGAGUUCCAUGCAAAGUGCACUUCAGUUUUAUGGCUUAGUGUGA